AUGAAGCGCAAACUCGAUGUCAAUGAUGUUCCUGUACCAACAGAAGAAGCAGAGGCCGCAAACGGCAAAGCUACUUUUGCUAGCCUAGGAUUGGAUGCCCGUUUGCUCCAAGGAAUCGCAAAGCAAAACUUUCAAUCACCAACGCUGGUACAGAGCAAAGCAAUCCCACUCACAUUGGAAGGACGCGACAUACUGGCUAGAGCUAAGACUGGAUCUGGAAAAACUGCUGCGUAUUUACUACCAAUUCUUCAUUCGAUAUUGAAGCGAAAGGAGCUUUCUCCCACCCAAUGCACGUCCGCCCUCAUUCUUGUACCUACCAGAGAACUCGCAGAUCAAGUCUAUAAAACAGUUGAAUCUUUUACGGCAUUCUGCGCGAAAGAUGUGCGAGCAGUCAAUCUGACACAGCGAGUUUCCGAUGCAGUUCAACGAUCACUUCUCGCAGACUCCCCGGAUAUUGUUAUUGCGACACCAGCCAGAGCUUCUCUGAAUGCCAACACCUCAGCGCUCUUACUCACAAAUCUUACACACAUGGUGAUUGAUGAGGCCGAUUUAGUAUUAUCUUAUGGUUAUGAUGAGGAUUUGCAAAAUGUUGCCAAAAUCAUGCCCAAGGGGGUCCAGACUGUUUUGAUGAGUGCCACGUUGACAAGUGAGGUCGAAACUUUGAAAGGACUUUUCUGUAGGAACCCAGAGGUAUUGAAAUUAGAGGAAGCGGAGGAUGAGGGAAAAGGUGUUAGUCAAUUCGUUGUGAAAUGCGCCGAAGACGAAAAGUUCCUCCUGGUAUAUGUGAUAUUCAAAUUGAAGCUUAUAAAAGGCAAAUGCAUCAUAUUUGUUGGCGACAUUGACAGGUGUUAUCGAUUAAAAUUAUUUUUGGAGCAAUUUGGGACAAGGAGUUGUAUCCUCAACUCGCAAUUACCUGUUAACUCACGUAUCCAUGUUGUCGAAGAAUUCAACAAGAACGUUUAUGAUAUUAUCAUUGCUUCGGAUGAGCAUGAAGUCUUGGGAGACGAGGAUGAGCCCAAACCCGAGGAAACUGAAGAGGUUGAGGCGGACGACGCUAGUGGAGAGAAAGAAGAUGCCAAGGAUGCUAAGAAGGAAACCAAGCAACCAUCGAAGAAGAAGCAAAAGACUGGAAAGAAAGACAAAGAGUACGGAGUAUCACGAGGAAUCGAUUUCAAGAAUGUUGCCUGCGUACUUAACUUUGAUCUCCCAACAUCAUCCAAGUCAUACACCCACAGAAUUGGCCGAACUGCCCGAGCAGGCCAGACUGGUAUGGCACUAUCCUUCGUCAUACCAUCUGCACUAUACCGAAAGCACAAACCAACCAGCAUUGAAUCAGCAAAAGACGACGAGAAAGUACUGGCGAAAAUUAUCAAGCACCAAGCAAAGAAGGGCAAAGAAGUUAAACCAUACAAUUUUGACAUGAAGCAAGUGGAUGCUUUUCGAUACAGAAUGGGCGAUGCGCUACGAGCUGUUACUAGUAUCGCGGUGCAGGAGGCCAAGGCACGAGAGAUCAGACAGGAAUUGAUGAAGAGUGAGAAGCUUAAACGCCAUUUUGAAGAGAAUCCAAGUGAUUUGUACCAUCUUCGUCACGAUGGUGAAUUACGACCUGCUCGCGUACAAGCACAUUUGAAACAUGUGCCGGACUAUCUCCUCCCGAAAGAAGGCAAGAAAGGAAUAACAGGUGGAGAUAUUGGAUUUGUAGGAAUGCACAAGACGACGGAAAAUAGAAUUAGGAAGGCUAGGGCGGCGAACAAGGCAAAAGGACGUGGGAAGGGAAGGAAAUCAGAUCCAUUGAAAACAUUCAAGGCGAAGUCGAGGAAAUAA